AUACGAGAACACACGCAUGUUGCGAGAAUAUUCUCCUUCGAUCUCCCACAGGGGUUAGGGCGCAUAGCAUGUCGACUAUAUAAUGGGGGCUGGACAUUGUCCGGUAUCCAUCGACGUCUCAGUAUGCGAUUCCUACCCUCUCCCACCGCUCUUGCCGUCUUCGCACUCUCAGUUGGAGCUACCGCAGCCUCUCUGAAGCCGCGCCAGAUUGUAGACACCGCGCAUGGCGUUACAGUGCAGCCUUCGGACGGCAGUGUCAUUGUCCCAGGCACAGCCUUCCCUUUCGACUACGAAAACAGGAACUACUGCGAGUCGGGCUAUAGUCCCAUCUCCGUUUACAUGAGCGCCACGGCACCGACCUCUGCCAAUGUGACAAACGAUGGAACUCUUGCGGAUGGUAGCUUUGUGUUCCACUUCGGAGACUUCUUAAUCGCCAAUUUCGGCCUUCCGCCAAUGGAGACUCCUCCCCCGUCAACUUUGACCCCGCCUACACUUAGUGGCAUUGUAGAUGGCAUGACGCUCUUCUUCUCAGUCGUUGAGACCUACAGAGACUGCCCGGGUAACAUUCCUCUGGAAUUUGGUCUUGAGACAACUACAGUCAUCUACAAUUAA